AUGGCGGCGUACAGUCGCUCUCAGCUGCAACUGCUGCUUUUAUUCUCCGUCUGUUUCUGCGGUUUCGGCUCGGUCUUCGGCUUGAAGCCAGCCAGCGGCCCGGCCGAGCCGCCCAACGCGCCCGUCCUCCGGCCCGCCGAUCCGCCGGCCAAAGAUGCACCUGCCGCGGCCGCCGCUGGGGCCUCGCAGCCUCGAAGGGCGACCGGCUGGAAGCUGUCGGAGGAGGAGGCCUGCCGGGAGGACCUGACGCGCCUCUGUCCCAAGCACACCUGGACCAACAACCUGGCCGUGCUGGAGUGCCUGCAGGACCGCAGAGAGGAAAGCGAGCUGGCUCCUGACUGUAACCAUCUUCUAUGGAACUACAAAUUCAAUCUGACCACAGAUCCUAAGUUCGAAUCUGUGGCGACGGAGGUCUGCAAAAGCACCAUCGCUGAGAUUAAGGAGUGUAACGACGAGGAGCGAGGGCGGGGCUACCUGGUGUCCUGCCUGGUGGAUCACCGAGUGAACAUCAGCGAGUUCCAGUGCAACCAGUACAUCACCAAAAUGACCAGCAUCAUCUUCAGCGACUACAGGCUGAUCUGCGGCUUCAUGGACAAGUGCAAAGAAGACAUCAACAACCUGCACUGCGGCAGCAUCAACGUCGGACACAAGGACGUGCACACCCAGGGCGAAGUGAUCGCCUGUCUGGAGAAGGCGUUGGUGAGGGAGGCGGAGCAGCAGCAGCAGCAGCAGGAUCACGUCCGGCCAAUCAAAGAGGAGUGUCAGAAAGCCAUCCUGCGGGUGGCGGAGCUGUCGUCGGACGACUUUCACCUCGACCGCCACCUUUACUUCUCCUGCAGAGACGACCGGGAGAGAUUCUGCCAGAAUACUCAAGCAGGAGAAGGAAAAGUCUACAAAUGUCUGUUUAAUCACAAGUUUGAAGAAGCCAUGUCAGAAAAGUGCCGCGAUGCCCUGACCACCCGUCAGAAGCUGAUCUCUCAGGACUACAGAGUCAGCUACUCUCUGGCUAAAGCCUGCAAGGUGGAUCUGAGGAAGCAGCACUGCAGCCUGGACACCAACCUGCCGCGAGCCCGCGAGGCCCGGCUCUCGUACCUGCUGCUGUGCCUGGAGGCCGCCGUGCACCGCGGUCGUCCGGUCAGCGGAGAGUGUCAGGGCGAGAUGCUGGACUACCGGCGGAUGCUGAUGGAGGACUUCUCUCUCAGCCCGGAGAUCGUGCUCCACUGCCGGACGGAGAUCGAGGCCCACUGCUCCGGGCUGCACCGCAAAGGCCGCACGCUGCACUGCCUGAUGAGGAUCGGCCGCGGCGACCGCAGCACCGCCGUCGACAGCAUGUGCCAGAGAGCUCUCCAGACUCUGAUCCAGUCGGCCGACCCCGGCGCCGACUACCGGAUCGACCGGGCGCUGAACGAGGCCUGCGAGUCCGUCAUCCAGACCGCCUGCAAACACAUCCGCAACGGGGACCCAAUGAUCCUGUCGUGCCUGAUGGAGCACCUGUACACUGAGAAGAUGGUGGAGGACUGUGAGCACCGGCUGCUGGAGCUGCAGUAUUUCAUAUCCAGAGACUGGAAACUGGAUCCCAUCCUGUAUAAGAAGUGUCAGGGCGACGCCACUCGGCUCUGCCACACACACGGCUGGAACGAGACCAGCGAGCUGAUGCCGCCGGGCGCCGUCUUCUCCUGCCUGUACCGCCACGCCUACCGCACCGAGGAGCAGGGCCGCCGGUUAUCCCGGGACUGUAAGGUGGAGGUGCAGAGGAUCCUCCAUCAGAGGGCUCUGGACGUGAAGCUGGACCCGGAGCUGCAGAAACGCUGCAUGAUCGACCUCGGGAAGUGGUGCAGCGACAAGACGGACACGGGACAGGAGCUGGAGUGUCUGCAGGACCACCUGGAGGACCUGGUGUCCGCCUGCAGGGAAGUUGUGGGAAACCUGACGGAGUUGGAGUCCGAGGACAUCCAGAUCGACGCCCUGCUCAUCCGAGCGUGUGAGCCCGUCAUCCAGACCCACUGCCACGACGUGGCCGACAACCAGAUCGAUACCGGCGACGUGAUGGAGUGUUUGGUGCAGCACAAACACCAGAAGGAAAUGAACGAUAAGUGUCUGGUCGGCGUCACACACUUCCAGCUGAUUCAAAUGAAGGAUUUCCGCUUCUCCUACAAAUUCAAGAUGGCCUGCAAAGAGGACGUUCUCCGUUUGUGUCCAAACAUCAAGAAGAAGGUGGACGUGGUCAUCUGUCUCAGCACCACGGUGAGAAACGACACGCUGCAGGAGGCCCGAGAGCAGCGCGUCUCCCUCAAGUGUCGCAAACAACUGCGGGUGGAGGAGCUGGAGAUGUCGGAGGACAUCCGUCUGGAGCCCGAGCUGUACGAUCCCUGCAAGUCCGACAUCAGCCAUCUGUGUCCCAAUGUGGGCUUCGGUAACGCUCAGAUGAUCGAGUGCCUGAAGGAGCAGAAGAAGCAGCUGAGUCCGCGCUGCCACCAGCGAAUCUUCAGGCUGCAGGAGGUGGAGAUGAGCGACCCGGAGCUCGACUACCAGCUGAUGAGAGUCUGCAAGCAGAUGAUCAAGCGAUUCUGUACUGAAGCAGACGCCAGGAACGUCCUUCAGUGUCUGAAGCAGAACAAGAACAGUGAGCUGAUGGAUCCUAAAUGUAAACAGAUGAUCACCAAGAGGCAAAUCACCCAGAACACAGACUACAGGUUGAACCCGGUGUUGAGGAAGGCGUGUCGAGCCGACAUCCCCAAGUUCUGCCAGUCCAUCCUGAACAAAGCCGGCGAGGACAGCGAGCUGGAGGGGCAGGUCAUCGCCUGCCUCAAGCUCAAGUACGCCGACCAGAGGCUUUCUCCAGACUGCGAGGACCAGAUCAGAGUGAUCCUCCAGGAGUCUGCACUGGACUACAGACUGGACCCACAGCUGCAGAUGCACUGCUCUGAUGAGAUCUCCAAGCUGUGUGCGGAGGAGGCUGCAGCUCAGGAGCAGACCGGGCAGGUGGAGGAGUGUCUGAAAGUCAACCUGCUGAAAAUCAAACAGGAGGCCUGCAAAAAGGAGGUUCUCAACAUGCUGAAGGAGAGCAAGGCCGACAUCUUCGUGGACCCGGUGCUGCACACAGCCUGCGCUCUGGACCUCAAACACCACUGUGCCGCCAUCACGCCGGGCCGCGGCCGCCAGAUGUCGUGUCUCAUGGAGGCGUUACAGGACAAAAGAGUCCGUCUGCAGCCCGAAUGCAAGAAAAGACUUCAAGAUCGCAUCGAUAUGUGGAGCUAUGCUGCAAAGGUGGCGCCGGCAGAGGGUUUCUCGGACCUGGCGGUGCAGGUGAUGACUUCUCCCUCCAAGAACUACAUCCUGUUCAUGAUCGCCCUGAGCGUGUGCGUCCUCUUCCUAGUGGGGCUGCUGUGCGGCCGCAUCACCAAGCGGGUGACGAGAGAACUGAAGGACCGGUAGAGGACGAGGACCCCCGACGCUUCAGAGAGGACUGAACCCCCGCCCCCCCCCCCCACACACACACACCUUCCUCCUCCUCCUGCUCUCAGAUGCUUGAUUUAUAACCAGCCGACCUGCACAGUGCCAACGCCAGAGCCCCUCCCUCCUCCGUUUCACGUCCUCUGAUCUCCGUGUGGGAAUCUCCAGACUGGAGAGACUCCCAGAUCAUCUCAUUCAAACAGUUUCUGCCCCCCCCCCCAUCCAUCCACACUCCCAUCCAGCAGAUCCGCUUGUUGCCGAGGAUGUUACCCGGGUUUGAAUGUCCAGCAUGGUUCCAGCUCCUGACUGACGGAGGUCAGGACCGUUUCUCCCCGUUCCUCCAGUCCCGACGCUUUUCUAGCCGGUUGUUUUGGUGAUGUUUAACGGAGACGGGAGCAUGCGGAGCGCCCGGCUGCCUCGUCUCCGGACGGACGGGACCGCCCGAAACGCACACGGGGGAUCUGAAAGGCAGACCUCCGACGUGUUCCUGUUCUGAAAUAUUUCUCUCAUCUGUUGUGAAAUCUGUGCAUCCGGCCCUCGAGCUCGCUACAGACUGGAAACGACGGUCGAGUUGGUCUCAUCUAACAAGAAUGUUGUGUGCACAUUUGUUUUUUUUAAAUGUAUUUAAAUGCUAAUUUUGUUGCACUUUAGUUUUGGUUGUUUUUUUUUUUACUUGUAUGCCUUAUUUAUUGUUGAUUAACAGCUGAUUGAGCUUGGAUGGGGUUUUAAGUUGCUUGGAACAUUUUUUAACAAGUUUUUGAAAAGAUAAAAAGAAAACCGUGCUGAAAGUUUAUAGUGAAACAUGCAGAGCAGCUCAGCUUUAAGAUUCAGUCCGGAGAGCUUCAGCGGUUCGUUCACUUUCUAAUAUUUCAUCUCAUGAACCAACAAGCUGCUUUUUAAUUUAAAUGAAUAAACUUUUCACAUUUUUGCCAGUGGCGUUUAAAAAAAAAAAAAUACCAUCAGGCCUGAAACGAACUGCUAAUCCAUCAAAACAUUUCCACUCAGACUCACUUUGCAGAUUCUUGUUUCCGUGGAUCAAAUUUUACACACUAAACAAUCUGUAGUGGCCUUACUGGAUGGAAACCAUGGCAACAGCACCCAAUGAAACCCUUUCAUAACGGAGUUCAGCAGACUGUCAGAUCAUGAUUCUCUGACUCGGCAGAUGUCAAGCGUGCACGGAGUCAACAAAGAGACGACAUGCACAGGGAGAACAUGCACACUCAGCUUUCCACUACAAAACAUACUCUUAAGUUGUUAAUUCAUUCAAAGUGUCCUUUUGGAGACUCAGAGACACAUCCAGACAAACCCUCCAUUAUGCUUUUGUUCAAAAAUAAGUACUACUAAUAAACAAACUUCUGAUUUUCUGGUCCAUCGAUGUGCAGCUACAAUACAAAACAUCCACAGGAGAAAGCAAGAGCUGGAGGUUUCAUAUGUGGUUCCAGUUUUGUUUUAGAGGCUGUUGACUCAGUUAGUUGAAUUUUUUUUUUUUUUUUUUUUUACCAGUUUGUCCUUUUUUCAGAAAAUUUUAAGAGGAAUGAAAUGACUAAAAUGCAACAGUGUCACAAUGAGAUUGGCUACAGCCUGAGAAGUAAAACAGCAGAGAAAAAAAAUCUCCCAAGAGACACAAACCGAGCUCUUAAAGGAUAUGAAACUCAUCAGAAAGUUGUGAACUGAAACGAGAACGUCACAAAAUGACUGCGAUUACUGUCGACUGCCUGCCAUCAUUCUUUGUGUGUGUGUGUGUGUAGAACUGCACACCCACCAGUCCAUUUUAGUCCUGUCUUUGUAAUGAACGACUGACGCAGCACCUGAGAGAAGAUCUUUAAUCCAACGUUUGACUUUUCAUCACAGUUACAUUAAACUAAAUAUUUCAAAUAUCUGAGCCCCAAAUGAGUUAUUCAGACCAAUGAAUGAUCAGUGAUGAAUACUAAAAUUUUGCGCUUCAGUUGAUGGUCAGAGAUCAGCACAUUAAUUUGCUCCUUUUUUAAUUUAACAAACAGCUUUUUCUGCUUUAAUAUCAAUUAAUGAACUGAAGCAAGCGGUCGUUGCACAAAUGUUCUCACCGAAAACGCCAAGCUGGAGGCAUUUCCAGAAGAUUUAGACUGAAAAGGGAGAAACUGACGGCUCACUGGUUUCAGCUUUUCGUUUCUGUCCCGCGUCUGAAGUUCUUUCAAAGGGUUGAAGCAGAGAAAGAAGGCGUCCAUCGUCAGUUUUGUACGUUCUCGGUGUGCAGUUCUUUUCAGGAUACGACCUGUAAAAUGAUCAUGAUGUAACAGAUUUAUCAUUGUGUGUUUUGAUUUUGCUGUACAGAUCAAAAUUUGUCAAUUUAAUAAAAAUGUCUGCAGAUUUUCAUAACUUUGCUUCAACGGAGACUCCUUUAAAAAUCUGAUUUUCUGUAUAUUCAACAAAAUAAAAAGGCUCU